CAGCAAUUACUUUGUGAUUAAAUACUGCAUCUUUUGGACGCCAAAGAACGAUGGAGAAAACGCUACCCAAAGCGCAGCAGAAAAGGCAAGUGACCGCCAUUAUUAUCCUAAUAAUGUUAAUACGGUGGGAAGUGGGCAGUACGACCAUUAAGUAUUCGGUUCUAGAAGAGAGGGAAAGCGGCUCCUUUGUGGCCAACCUCGCGAAAGAUCUGGGGCUUGGCUUGGGGGAGCUGGCCGCGCGGGGUGCUCGAAUUCUUUCCAAAGGGAAUCAACAGUAUUUGCAGCUCGAGCAGAAGAGUGGGAAUUUGCUCCUAAAAGAAAAAUUGGACCGGGAAGAGUUGUGCGGUGACACAGAUCCAUGUAUACUGCAUUUCCAGGUCUUAUUAAAAAGCCCAGUGCAGUUUAUUAAAGGUGAACUACAGCUACGAGACAUAAAUGACCAUGCCCCAAAAUUCUUGGAAAAUGAAAUCCUCCUGAAAAUCUCAGAAAGCAGCCGUCCAGGGACUGCAUUUCCUUUGAAAAUAGCUCAAGAUUUAGACGUGGGCAGUAAUACAGUUCAGAACUACACUAUUGGCAACAACUCCCAUUUCCACCUUUUCACUCGAAAUCACAGCGAUGGCAGGAGAUACCCUGAGCUGGUGCUGGACAAAGCGCUGGACCGGGAGGAGGAGUCAGAGCUCAGGUUAACGCUCAUGGCCAUGGAUGGUGGGUCACCGCCUAGGACUGGGACUUCUCAGGUUCUCAUUGUAGUCUUGGACAUAAAUGAUAAUGCUCCUGAAUUUGCUCAGCUCCUCUAUGAGGUGCAAAUCCCAGAGAACAGCCCUAUAGGGUCCCUUGUCAUCACUGUGACUGCUAGAGAUUUAGAUGCUGGGACCCUUGGAGAACUCUCCUACUCAUUUUUCCAGUCCUCAAAUCAAGUGAUUCAGGCCUUUGAAAUAAACUCAGUCACAGGGGAAAUUCGAUUAAAAAAAAUGUUGGAUUUUGAGGAAAUUCAAUCUUAUCGUAUGGAAAUUGAGGCUUCAGAUGGCGGGGGACUAUCAGGAAAAUGCUCUAUAGCCAUAGAAGUGAUGGAUGUAAACGACAACACGCCCGAACUGACUAUGUCAGUAUUCACCAGUGAUAUCCCAGAAAAUACCCCUGGUACCGUGGUCGCUAUUUUUGGAAUUUCAGAUCCAGACUCCGGGGAAAAUGGCAAAAUGAUGUGUUCCAUCCAAGACCAUCUCCCCUUCCUUUUGAAACUUACUGUAGAAAAUUUCUACACCUUAGUAACUGAAGGAGCGCUGGACAGAGAGAGCCAGGCCGAGUACAACAUCACCAUCACC